GUCGGGCUCUUUAUGACAGCCAGCAGCUGUAAGUGUUUCCUGCUGUAAUGACUGCUGCCCUUGGCAGGCACUGUCUCUUUGUGGAAAAAAUUAGGAGGCACUUAGCGAAGUGAGACAGAAAACAAACAGAGCGGGCAGGAGGCUGCGGCCGGGCAGUGCUGCCAAGGAGGCUGGGCUCCUGACACAGGGAUGCGGGCAGUGUCCGGACGGAAGCAGAAGGCGGUGGGAAGGCGGCAUGGCGGAGCGCCCUGCCCCGGCACCCCCUGACUGCCAUCCCCGGCCCCCCGUGCCUCCUCCGCAGCACCCUCGGCUCCCGCCGUCUGCUCCUCAGCGCCCUGCUGCUCCUCUCCUGGCUGCAUGGUUGGGCUGUGUGCCAGCUCCGGUACCCGAUAGCCCUGCUCCUCCUCCGCCGGUGCCGCUGACCCGCGGGGCUCCGGCCCCGUGACCCGAGCCCGGGCCGCGCUCACCCCCAGGGCGGGGUGCGCAACGGGGGGACACGCUGCCCUCAAAUACCCGGGACACAGGGCUCGCCCUGCCUCUGUCCUCUCGCCCAGACGGAGAGCAGCUUUAAGACUUGCUGGGACCUGUGCUGACUCUUGCCACACAAGAUGACAGCAAGAGACGGGCCCCAAGAUAGGUACAAGGCUGUCUGGCUGAUCUUCUUCAUCCUUGGCCUGGGAACGCUGCUGCCAUGGAAUUUCUUCAUGACUGCCAGGAAGUAUUUCAUCAGCCGCCUUGCGGACUCGAAUAAGACGAGCCACGUCAGAAACCAGACUGGUGAGGACACCUUCACACCCUCUUACCUGCAGUCCGUGUUUGACAACUUCAUGACUCUCUGCGCCAUGGUGCCCCUCCUUAUCUUCACCUGCCUCAACUCCUUCAUCCACCAGCGGAUUCCCCAGCAGAUUCGCAUCUCAGGCAGCCUGGUGGCCAUUGGGCUGGUGUUUCUAGUCACCGCAAUCAUGGUGAAAGUCCCCAUGGAUCCUCUUCCCUUCUUCAUCUUUACCAUGAUCAGCAUUGUCUUCAUCAACUCCUUUGGCGCCAUUCUCCAGAGCAGCCUGUUUGGGCUGGCUGGGCUCCUGCCUGCCAGCUACACAGCCCCCAUCAUGAGUGGGCAGGGUUUGGCAGGCACCUUCGCUGCUUUGGCAAUGAUCUUCAGUAUUGCCAUUGGUGCCCAGAAACCCGAGAGCUUCAUUGGUUACUUCACCACGGCCUGUGUGACGAUCGUGCUGGCAAUCAUCUCCUACGCAGUUCUGCCUCACAUGGAUUUCUUCCGAUACUACUCCAUGAAGGACAAGACAGAGUACCAUGUGUACAAUGCAGAGCUGGAGACCAAGAGAGACCUGAUUAAGAAAGAUGAGAAUGGGAUGGAGCAGAAUAACUCAAAGAUCAUCCCUGUCCACAACCCUGAUGAGCAGCCCUCUGUCAUUGCUAUUUUUAAGAAGCUCUGGAUCUUGGCUCUGUCUGUCUGCUUUGUAUUCACUGUCACCAUCAGCGUCUUUCCUGCCAUCACAGCUCAAGUGUCCACUGUCCUCGGAGAGGGAAACAAGUGGGGUCACUACUUCAUUCCUGUCUCCUGCUUCCUGCUCUUUAACGUCUUGGACUGGACAGGACGGAGUCUCACUGCCCUCUUCACAUGGCCUGGGAAGGACAGCUGCCUCCUGCCAGUGAUGGUGGUCCUCCGUGUCAUCUUUGUCCCUCUUUUCAUGCUGUGCAACGUGAAACCCCGUUACUACCUGCCUGUUGUGUUCUCCCAUGACGCCUGGUACAUCAUCUUCAUGAUCUUCUUCUCCAUCUCCAAUGGCUACCUGGCCAGCCUUUGCAUGUGCUUCGGGCCAAAGAAAGUGCUUGCGCAUGAAGCAGAGACGGCUGGAGCUGUCAUGGCGUUUUUCCUGGCACUGGGUUUGGCCCUAGGAGCUGCCUUCUCCUUUCUGGUCCGAAUUCUCAUCUAGCAGAGGCACACAGAGGGUGCAGGGACACCAAGAGAUGGCUCCGCAUCCUCCACUGAGGCCCUGGACACCUCAGCACUGUGGGGAAACAACAGCUCGCACUGUCCCUGGCAAAUCACACUGCCACAGCAGACAUGACACCCAGGGACGGCUCCACUCGUGCAGGGUUGGCCUGGUUCCUGCCACGCUCGGCUGUGUGAUGCCUUCAGGCCUACGUGCCUUCUCCUUCCCCAUGCCGUGUGUGUUGUAAGACCCCCGGGAUCUCCAAGAGGUCCAGCUGCCUCCUGUGCUGUGUAACUUCCCUGGCUCAAGGCCAAAAGCCAUUUUCAGCCUCUUUCUCUCUGACAGUGAAAGGCUGAUAACCAGUGUUACUCCUUCUCUUGCCCUUGUCUCCAAAGCACCUAGGAGAGUCUCUCCUCUCCUUCUAGGGGGCCUGGAAAUAUCCCACACCCCUCCUCCUGCUGGUAAGACUUGUGAAUGGGGAGGAGAGCCCCAGCCAGCCUGGCCAUCCCUGCUCUCUGCUAGACGCACAUCCCCCUGCCCAGUGAUAUCCCAAGGUUGUAGGCAUCUGUGUCCCAGCCACAGAAAGAGUCAUCACCGUGGCUAGGCUGAGGGAGGAGGAGGAGGUCUCCACAACCCACCUUCUCCCCCUCUCCUUGCCUCUGUUCCCUUGGGUUUUUUUUGUGAUUCUGACGUUGUUUUUUUUUUCAGCCUCCUGAUUGUGUGACAGGAGGUUCCACUGUGGGCUACAAGAGGAGAGGAAGCGACUCCUUUCCCAACAAAGCUGCCUUCCCUACCCACCUGUGCUACAAGGGAAGGCCUCACCUCUCCCUUGGCUUUCCUGUCCCUUGUUGUGUAAAUGUUGUCUAUACAGUUGCCGUUUUCUAUAAAAAUAAUGAAAUGCUC